AUGGCCACUGUCGUGCUCGGCGUUUUAGGUUACACUCUGAUGUCUCGAGGCAACAAGCACUCUAAAAAGCACACUCCUUCUAUUUGGUUUAAUGAUCUAAAUCGUGAGGUUAGCUUUCCACUAGAGGCAUUGAACCAGCAUCUAUCUUCUGAAUUCUUCAAUCGCAGAUGGUUUAUCAUUAGGCUAAGCCAUCUUCAUCAACUUUCUGAAGAUGAACUAUACUCACUAUCUUUAUUUUUGAAAUCUAAUCGCAUUAUUUGCGACUCUUUUGAACUACUAGAUUCGAGUCUUCACAAUUUACCAAGUUUUGAAUGGCUAGAUAAUCUUAAUCCUAUUCGCUCGUUGUGUUUUGCCAACUGCACUCUCUCCGGCAAACUCUUCCGAGCUAUUUCUUCUAUUCACUCCCUUGAAAGCCUUAAAAUCACCGGCCAAGCAACUAAAUGGCUAGACACUUCACAAUUCCCUUGCACUCUUAUUGCUACCACUCUUAUCUUCUCAGAAACAUCCGCCUCUCUUAUAUCUAAAGCAUUCGCCCAUCUACAAUUCAUCCAUGACAUCAAUCUCUUUUUCAUCAACAACCAGCUAACUAAUCUCCAUGUCCUCAACUUAAUUAAUCCCCAAUCACUCAAGCGCUUACAUAUCGAGAAAGAAUUCCAACUUACCCUUGAUAUUUCCCAACUCACUCAAUUUGCCCACCUGGAAUCUCUUACUCUCCAAUCACUUCCCAAACCACCCAUUAAUCCUACUCCUUUGCAUUUACCUAUUCUGUGGCGCAGUUUCAUCGAUCACCAACUUUACACCGCUACUUCUCUAGUCCUCCAUCCAUCGGCCAACGCUCCCGCCCAUUUAGGCAUCUACCUGCCUAAUUCCUUUCUAAAGUACGUUAUUUCCAACCUCCAUCUAGAAAUCUUCCUAAACCAGUCAACUCCAGACUUCCAGCCCGGUGAUCUAUUCACAUUACAUACUCCUUGUCCUGACACCUGGAAAGUCUCCUCCCUUUCCCUCCAUCUCGCCCUAGCAGUCUCUUCCAGCCAAAUACCAGAUAUUAUUUCGUUCUUUAUUAACCAAACCCUUCCUUUCCACCUCCAAGAAAUCAACAUUUCUCUCUCCAAUCUCUCACCCAUUCAUCGUCCCAUCAUAGAAGAGAUUCUUACUCUCUCACCCCACAAUACCCUCAAAAAGCUCACUCUAAACAACAUCAUGGUUUAUUCUUCCCCAACUAUGUCCUCCCCAGCAGUCCUUCCCACCACCAUCAGCUCCCAACCCACUUCUAUUCCUUCCAUUACUUUCAAGCACCAAAACUCUACGGCCGGUCUCGAAGAAUGGGCCAUCGAAGAGUCCCUCCUCCCUCGGACCUUCCAGCCCCCACGCAUCCAAUAA